CAGCCCGAGCGCGCACGCUUUGCGCUCCUCCCCGCGGGCAGUGCAGGAGGUGGGGCCGCGGGAGGAAAAACUACGGGUGCAGCUCGCGGAGCCGGGACCUGGGAGAACGCUGUGUGCGGAGGAGCGGGAUUCUGGCGAGUGGCUCCGGCGGAGAGCGCGCCACGUCGAGGGAAGCAGGGUCUGGGGUCACAGCCUUCCCGGUUGCAGCUGCCGUUGCCCAGGAGUCGCAGCUGUGCCCCGGGUCCCGGCAGAGGCCUGGGAGGAGGAGGAGGAGGAGGACCUGCAGCUGGACGGUGGCAGCUGGAGGAGCAGCCGCACAGCUGUCCCGUGUGCUGGCGCCCGGCCAGGAUGACCCGCUGACCGCGGCUAUGCAGCUCUGACGGGGUGACCAGCGCUGACCAUCGUCUCCCCAGUCCAGCGAAAAGCGAAGCCGUUUGACCAUGGAACCCGUGACCAAGUGGACCCCCAAACAAGUGGUGGACUGGACUCGAGGCUUAGACGACUGCCUGCAGCCAUAUGUCCACAAAUUUGAGCGGGAGAAGAUAGAUGGGGAGCAGCUGCUGCGCAUCUCCCACCAGGAUCUAGAGGAGCUGGGCGUCACACGAAUUGGACACCAGGAGCUGGUGCUGGAGGCUGUUGACCUUCUCUGUGCACUGAAUUAUGGCCUUGAAACUGAUAAUAUGAAGAAUUUAGUUUUGAAACUGCGGGCGUCUUCCAACAAUUUACAGAAUCAUAUAAGCAGCCGGCGGAAAAAUCCAGUUUAUGACGGGAACACAUCCCACAAGCCGCCCAAUGAACUCCUAACUUCCGUGGUGGAGCUGAUAGGCGCUGCCAAGGCUUUGUUGGCUUGGCUGGAUCGGGCUCCAUUUACAGGGAUCACUGACUUCACAGUAACGAAGAACAAAAUCAUUCAGCUUUGCUUAGAUCUGACCACUACAGUACAGAAGGAUUGCCUUGUAGCAGAAAUGGAGGAUAAAGUUUUAUCUGUAGUCAAAGUUUUAAAUGGCAUCUGUGACAAAACAAUUCGAUCUGCCACCGACCCUGUCAUGAGCCAGUGUGCGUGCCUGGAGGAGGUCCACUUACCCAACGUCAAACCUGGGGAAGGCUUGGGCAUGUACAUCAAAUCAACAUAUGAUGGAUUGCAUGUGAUUACUGGGACUACAGAAAAUUCUCCUGCAGAUAGAUCUCAGAAAAUUCAUGCUGGGGAUGAAGUCAUUCAAGUUAAUCGGCAAACUGUGGUGGGAUGGCAGCUAAAAAACCUGGUGAAGAAAUUGAGAGAGAAUCCCACUGGAGUUGUGUUACUGCUAAAGAAGAGACCUACGGGUUCAUUCAACUUCACUCCUGCCCCUCUGAAGAACCUGCGCUGGAAGCCUCCUCUUGUGCAGAGCUCACCCCCACCCAUGAAAACUCAGUCCCCUGAAAGCACCAUGGAUGCCUCUCUGAAGAAGGAGAAGCCAGCUAUCCUGGAUCUAUAUAUUCCGCCUCCACCCACUGUUCCCUACUCUCCUCGGGAUGAGAACAGGAGUUUUGUUUAUGGAGGACUCAGUAAGUGUAAACAACCACUGCCUAGGCCUAAGGGCUCGGAGUCCCCAAAUUCCUUCUUGGAUCACGAGAGCCGAAGACGAAGAUUCACUAUUGCCGAUUCUGAUCAGUUGCCUGGGUAUUCAGUAGAAACCAAUGUUCUGCCCACAAAAAUGAGAGAGAAAACACCAUCUUAUGGCAAGCCCCGACCUUUGUCCAUGCCAGCAGAUGGGAACUGGAUGGGGAUUGUGGACCCUUUUGCCAGACCUCGAGGUCAGGGGAGGAAAGGGGAGGAUGCCCUCUGCCGGUACUUCAGUAAUGAGCGGAUCCCGCCGAUCAUCGAAGAGAGCGCCUCUUCCGGAUACAGAUUCUCCCGGCCCUCUGCUGAGCGGCAGCUGGUGCGUGGUGCAGACUACAUCCGUGGGAGCAGGUGCUACCUCCACGCAGACCUGCACAGCAGCGCCACCAUCCCGUUCCCGGAGGAGGGGACCAAGAAGAAGGCCGCCUCCGCGGAGCCGUCCCUGCUGGUCAGCUGGCUCACGCGCCUGAAGCUGUUGACUCACUGAGGUCGCCCGCUGGACCCUGGGCGCCUGUUCCCAAGUGCCUUGCCCCUGGGGACAGCCACUCCCGCUUCACCGCAGGCUUCCCCAGUGACCUUUCAUCACUUCCUCUGUAUUUCCUAGAAAGUUGUGGACUGCCCUUCCUGGCCCUUCGUCAUUGGAUGGCAGCAGACCCAGGGGAUUUUAGGGACCACUCAUGAAAACAGGAGGAGGACAGUGUCUGCCCCUUCCAGAAUGACACCUGGAGGCGCAUCUACACAAUGGUGUUGGCCAGACAUGCACUGGUCACUCUCAGGAGCUGGCCACUUCUGCUGCUGUUUUCUUGGGUGGGGAGACUCAGUUGGAUGGCUCUUGUCAUAUAACUAUGUGACUUGUGGUCCAAUUUUUUUUUUUUAACCUGAAAAAGCCAGUUGGAGAAAAGAUUUUUGUCUAGAUUUUUAAAGCGUAUGUACCAUUAUUUGUACGCACAGCGGCUUCAGUGUUGAAGGGACGUGUGGCAAGUGUGUGCUCUUCUGAGCAGAGGCUGGGGCGUGGGUCUGUUCCAUGCGGUUAAUACUUUUGUUCAGAAGCUCCGCCUGUGCUGGUUAGUAGAGGGGCCCAGGAGCAUGUGUGGAUAGGGAAGCAGCGCUGGGUGACUGGCAAGAGGAACCUGGUUGGUCUGUAUUAUUGUCUUUAAGGGAAAAGAAGCUGUAAGAUUUGCUGAAAGCCAAAGUACCAUUCAGGAAAGUUAAAGCUACAGGAUUUAGGUUUGUGAAAGACACAUCGGUUUGCAUUUGUUGCCUGUGUGUUGUCUGUCUUUUGGAAAGAACCACAGUUCUUCAAAAUGAGACACAUUUUGCUAACUAGAAAUAUCUUGGAAAGCCUUGUGGUCACUAGCUUUCAACUAGCUUCAGGUAUUUUGAAAAAGUGCAUCCGAAUAUUAACUCUUGUGUAAACAGAAUGUAUGAUAUUUUGUUAGAAUGGAAAAAUACUAUCUUGUUAAUUUAAGUGUUUUAAAUAUAGUUGUAUAUUUUUCUUACUCUUAGUCACAUGUAAUUGAAAUAUUUCUGUUUUGCGUCAGUCACGAAGCUAAUGAAACUGAGUGUUGAAGGUGUUUUCAGAUUUACAAGUGACCAGCCUCGUUGUUGCCAGUUUGGCACUAAUAUUAAAAAAAUACAAUAAAGCCUCCUAGGCAUUUUGGAAUUUUAUGAAUUAGUAGUGGGAGGGGCUGAAGGAACACACAUAAAAUAAAAUUAUAAUAGGGAAUUCUUCAAGGUACCUUCCUAGGCAUAGCUGGAGUCCCCUACCUCAGCUACACUCUCACCCUGUG